GUUGUUCAUUGAUGGUUUGAUAAAAGGUGGCGCAUUCAUGGGAGUUCUGGAAUGUAUUGAUAAGAAAUUCUAGAUGCACAUUGCAACAUAGAGUGGGAUCUCCAGAGCUGAUAUCAGAAGCUGGAUCAUGCAAUCGCUGCAAGCCUGCAACUAAAGGACAAGUUUUGAGGAUUUAAUGUUUUGAUGUAGAGAAAUCAUUGUUGCAUCCACGGGGGAAUUACCUUGAUGUUAGCUGAUACUCUAUUGCUGGGACCCCUAGCCAACUCAACAUUAUGGGUAGAAUGUUAAAUAGGUUGUGCAGGAAUUUCUGACACUCGGACCCUUCAAAUAUGCUGGACUUGUUAGAAGUAUCAGACUUGGAUGUGUUGUCAUUUCCAGGUAUCUGUAUCAAUUUGAGUUUUCAGAUAACGUGUUCGACAUGUGUAUGGCAAGGUUAAUGGAUAUUUGGAGUACCAAUCAUGGAGUCUUCUAUGAACCACUUUUCUUGUCACCAGAUGAUAACAAAUUGGAACCUGGUACAUUAAUAGUUUGAAGUGAUUGUUCCAGAGGUUCAGGUUCUUCUGUGACCAUUAGGGAAAAAAAAUACUGUAUACAACAACAUUUCUAUCAGGUUUUCUCUGCUCAACUCUACAUGGUUUAAAAUAUGAGAUUAAAAACUGCAAAUGUAGGGAAGGGGGUGUAUUACUCUUCUUUUCCGGGAUUUGUUGGUCAUAAAAUUUUGAAUCCUAAAUGGUUUCAAUAUGUCGGUAGCUCGGGCAAAAUGGUUGAUCUGCAGGAAGACUACAUUUAGAGAUUUUAAAAGAAAAUGUGUUGUGGCAGGAAUGUCAAUAAUAAUAAUUCUCUGAGCUUCUAUUCUUCUUGAAGGCUUCCAUUUUCGAACAUUGAGGGCAAAAUUAGACUUCUCAGUAAAUCGUCACAUUUGGAUCCAUAUUUUAUUAGUGCUGUAGCGGAGCUCUAUAGAGUAUGAAGUUGAUGCUCAUGAUUCCUGAGUUGUUAUCAGGUAAGCAAUUCUUCCUGGUCAAAGCUGAAUAGCGUUUUUGAAAUUUAUAAUGCAUAUAUGGGUGAUAUUCUUUGACAGUUUCAUGAAGGUCCCGAAUUAAACAUUUAGAAGUUUGGCUGCUGCUUAUAAUCAUGCUUUUAUCAAUCAAGGAUAAAUUUAGGAGUAUUAUUUUUUAUUUUAUUUUAUUGUGAAUGUCAAUACUAGUAAAAAGGGAUAAGCAGCUCAUGACAUCACCAACGGCAAACAGACUACAUUGGUCAUAUGAGCUGAUUUGAACCUUUCAAACAGUGGAAUUUUCUUUAUUUGAUCAAAAUAUUCAAAUUUGCAUUUUACAUUGGUUUCUAAUCUAAUGUCUGUCAAAAUAAUACAAUCUGAUUUAUAUGUAUUUUCUAUCUGUAUGUAUGGCUAUGACCAGAUGCGAAUCACCAACCAUCUCGACAGUUGACACGAGUCCCUUUUAUCUCAUGUUAUCUCUAGUGAUUUCCCUCAUUAUUUCAAAUUUAUUGCAUUCAUUUGAGAGCAAUGACUAUGGUCAUUAUUCCUAUGUAUUAGUAUCGCGCUAAAUUGGUAAUAAUCUCGAGGCAGUGGUUUUUUAGGAAAGGAAAGCCUCCAAGUUUGGAAAAUAUAUUGAAUGGCCACAAGUAAGAGAUCUCAUUCUUGGGUUAGCAGUGUUCCACAUUCAAAGUAUUCUUAGGCUUCUUCUCUGCCCUCACACUUGUUUUCUAAAUAUGGAAGAUUCACAUUACCAUAGACUUUGCCUAAAUUUAAGAUAAUGACCCUGUUAAAUAUAUGUCCCAUUUUUCUCUGUCCUCCUCUUUUGACUGAUCUUGUUCUCCUCUCAACGAGGAAAAAAAAAAAAACCAAAAAAAUUAAAAAAAUUAAAAAAAAAAAAAAAUUAAAAAAAAAAAUAAAAUUCUGGGUAGGGCUGGAGUUUGUUCAUUUCUCAGGCUUUACUCAUUCUAAUCAAAUCUUUUGGGGUUAUUGGUUUACUUUUCAUUACUGGUAUUACAUUUCCCCUAUUAUUUUUAGCAGGUCAAGAUACUUGAUAUCGACUUUUUGAAUAAAUUUUUAAUUUUAAUAAAGGGGAAAUAAAUAAAAUUCUGAACCUUUUUUUGUUGGAAUUUUAUCCAAAACUUGUCAGAAACUCAAAGGUGGUCAAUCUUCUCAGGAGGAUGCUGAUUCUCAUGCAAUCCUUUCAAAGAAAAUAUUUGUCAGCGGUUCAGAGAUGCAGGAGCAAAUGAUAAGCUAUGAUGACAUCCAAGAAGAGCUCAACGAGGUGAAGGCUCGAUCAAGGAUAACGGAGAGGGAGAGAGAUCACGCGUUUAACGAGAUGAGAGAAAUCAAGAUGCAGAUGGAAAAUGCAGAUAUAAACAAUCUGAAGGAAGCCCUUAGAGAAGCAAACAGGGAUUUACAGAUAAAGGAUAAAACCAUAAAGUCCCUGAGAUCUGAGGUUGAUAAGCUGAAGCAAUUGGAAUUUAAGUUGAUUGAGACGGAAGCUUCACUACAGACGGUGAAAGAAGAGACAAUCAGUUUUAAAUCCUCUCUCGCUCAGGCAGAGGCCUCAUUAUCCGAUAGCAGAAAGAAGGUGGAUGAGUUAGUGGUUGAAGUAGGCAGAAGGAAGGAUUCAGAAGAAAAGCUGUCUGAGUCGGUUGCUGCACAAACAAGCCAGAUUGAGCAGUCCAAUGUCUUGCUAGAAGAAUCAAAGCUUCAAGUUACUUCACUUCUAGAGAAAAUUCAGGAGUUGGAAGAGGAAAGACAAAGGAAAGAUAAAGAGGCAGGGAAAGAGAUAGAGAGGCUUAAAAAUGAGGUUUCGGUGCACAAAGAAAAUGCCUUUCGUGGCUAUGGGAGGUAUGAAACUGCAUCUGUGGAGACGAAAACUUUGUUGGAUGAGAUUGAUAUUCUAAAGAAUGAGCUGAAGCUGGCCGUGGAAGCAGAAGACAAUAGUAAGAAGGCCAUGGAUGACCUUGCAGUGGCUUUAAAAGAAGUUGCUAUCGAAUCCAACCAGGCCAAGGAAAAGCUCACAUCUACAGAGCAGCAGCUAGAAGCAAUGAAUGAGGAAGCAGCCAAUUUAAAAAAAAUGGUGAAGAGCACUGAAGAGGCAUAUGAAGCUCUUUUGAAAGCCUCGAAGAAAGAGAAUGAUAUGCUGAAAAAUACAGUUGACAGGUUAAGAUUAGAGGCAGAGGAGUCUCUUUUGGCCUGGAAUGACAGAGAAAUCCAAUUUGUAAACUGUAUAAAGACGACUGAUGAUGAGAAAAAUACUGCCCAAGAGGAAUGCAAUAAACUGGCUAAGUUGCUUAGAGAAGCUGAAGGGAUGAACGAAAAAUCAAAGGAAGAGAAUAAGAAUUUGAGAGAUAUACUUAAGCAAGCUCUGAGUGAAGCUAAUGUGGCUAAAGAGGCUUCUAGUCUAGCUAGAGCUGAGAACUCUUACCUCAAGGAUGCCCUUGUUGAGAAGGAUAAAGCCCUUAUUACCCUUGCUCAGGAAACUGAGCGCCUUCGAAUCAAUGAGGCCGAGUCAAAUGACACUAUUAAAGAAUUGAAACGGGUAAUUAUUUCAGGAUCUAAAAAAGAAAUUGCAAAACUCGAGAAGGAGAACAAAGAGCAGAAGAAGGAGAAAGAAAACAAAGAUCAGAAAAAGGAAAAGGAGAACAAAGAGCAGAGAAAAGUGGCAAAGAAAGAAACUGCAGCAGAGAACACAGAGAAGGAUGCAAAAGAAGGCAGAAGAUUGAGUAGUACAUUCAGUUUUGAUCUCAACCAGUUCUGGCCUUCGAUUCCUGGUAUAGCAUGCAAGUCAAGCAAGGACAUUGAUGAGGACACAGAUGAGGAUGAUGCCCUUGGUGGUUCCAUAUUCGACCUGGUAGGAUCCCCGGUGAAGGACUACCAUCGGCAAACAACAUCAUCUGGCAGUAGUGAAGAAAAUCUGGUUUUUGAUAACUUCGACGAGGAUGCACAGUUUGAUGAUAUGGAGAUGGAUAGGGCGUCACAAGGGAAGAGGAAAGCGUUGCUAAGGAGAUUUGGUGACCUCUUGCGGAGGAAAAAUUCUCACCCACCAAAGGACUUACCUCACCCAGCAAAAGAUGUACCACCCUCACCAAAGGAGAUAGCAGCUUAGUUAGUUAGCUGAAUCCUUAUCAACUUUAAACAAUCUUAUUUUUGCUAGUAGUCUCAAAGUCUGUUUUCGUGUUAGAUCUCUCAUUUUGUUGACGCCCACUAUUUGGGGGUGAUCGGAGGAAAAAAUAGCACAUACUGUAGAUUUUAGAAGAAUAUACCAUUCAAUAACCUGUAAUACUCCUUGCAAAUACUUACAAGAUAAGGAGUUAAUUUAAUUAUGGUCAGUGUAAGUUUCUAUCUACUUAUAUCAACUGUUAGGAUUCUGCACCCAUCCAAGCUGCAACUUGACACCAAUCCAUUCCAAAAGGCAGCACUAUUUUGAAAUUAUAGCAUACUUUUGAUAAUUCACAAAUGAGCUAAUAUCAAGUUUUUGCACAUUUGUGAUUGGUAGAGCUCAUUAGAAAUUUCUACGCGCUGAUGGAACUGCUCA